AUGGCCUCUGCCAGCGACAUUAUUACCCUCACCAGCUCUCUCGCCCUGCGCUUUAGCAUCUGGAUCUUCUUGCGCUGGAUACCGACCACUAUCGUGCCACCACUCGCUACCGCCUUGACCCUGGUCUACAUACCCUCUUUUUUCCUCAGCUUCCAGGACACAGCCCAGUUCAAGGUCAUCUCUGAUGAGCUCGACGUUAUUGUCAAGGAGACUGUGGCGCGGGGCGAAUCCUGCUCCUCUGAAUCCUCGUCUGAAGAGAUAGAACUGCUCGAGGGCGCAGAAGACGGGUCGCUGCAAGAGCUAGACGUGCAGGAAACAAUUAAAUAUGAGGAGAGGGAGCCCAGAAUACUGCGGACGCUACUCACAGGUCUUCCAAGUCCCUCUUCGGCCCUGUGGAGCUGGGUAACCUUUGCCAUCAACAUUGCCCUGAUAUCUAUGGCAUUGGAUGUGAUGUUGCGCGCACCUGUGCUCUACCCGUGCCAUGAUGCGUCAUUUGCCCGCGUUGGCUAUGUUUCGGAAAACAGCGCAAAAUUCCUCGUUCGAGAACCAUAUACCUUCGAUGUAAGAGUCAGGUUUCGUCCGGUGAACGCUGUCUCUGGUCCAUGGAUGCAAAAAACUCUCUGGGCAAGCCACCCGGGGUACUGGCUGACCAAUGAUACCGAUUUCACUGCAGCCAUCACCCUCGAGCAUCUUCAUUCUGACACAGCCUAUGAGUAUAUUGUAGAGGUUUCGAGGGGCAAUGUAACAGGCACCUUUACCACCGCCCCUCGCGCUGGUCAAAUUUCGCAAUCAAAGGACGACAAAUACACGUUCGUGCACUCCAGCUGCAUCAAGCCGCGCGUUCCUUACACACCUCUUCAACAUCCGCUUCACUUCCCCGGAAUGGCACAUCUUACCAAAUGGUUGCCUGAACUCCGGCCCUAUUUCAUGCUCUUUCUAGGUGACUUCAUCUACGUCGACGUCCCUCAACGAUUGGGCAAAGAUGCGGAGGCCUAUCGUCGGGAAUAUCGACAAGUCUAUUCUUCUCCCUCCUGGCCUACAGUGGGCAAUAACCUCCCCUGGAUCCAUGUUAUUGACGACCAUGAAAUCCAGAAUGAUUGGAGUGGCAAUACCACGGGCGUCUUUAGCGCUGCGUAUGAUGCCUUCACAAACUAUCAUGUGGUAGCCAAUCCACCUGCGGUCCGAGAAGGUCACACAUACUUCAUGUUCACACAGGGUCCAGCGCAAUUCUUCCUCAUGGACACUCGUCGCUAUCGUAGUCCGGAGAAUAGCAAUGCUGCAGAUGAGACCAAGACUAUGCUUGGAGAACCGCAGCUGUCGGACCUCCUCCAUUGGAUAAGCGAAUCGCCUCCUCGAGGCAUACACUGGAAGAUCAUCGUCUCCAGCAUCCCAUUCACUAAGAACUGGCAGUUCGGUUCGGAAGACACUUGGGGCGGCUAUCUCUUCGAACGCCGUAAGAUUCUAGAGGCGGCUUGGGACCUCAGCUCUAAGAUGAGUAUUGGAGUUGUUAUUCUCAGCGGCGACCGCCACGAGUUCGCAGCCACCUCAUUCCCGCCGCCAAAGGAUUCAAAAUGGCCCGUCAGCGCAAGCGUCCACGAGUUCAGCACGAGCCCAUUGUCAAUGUUUUAUCUGCCUUUCCGCACCUACGGCGAGAUCGACGAUGAGGAUGUCUGCAUCAAGUACUUACCCGACGGGAAUAGCAAGUUUGGCGCAGUGGAGAUUACGGCUCCAGCGAACAGUGAACAGAGUCUUCUUAAUUAUAGGUUGUUCAUUGAUGGAAAAGAGGCUUGGACGCAUGUGAUUUCGACUCCACCUGCGAGACAUGGCAGUGCGAGAGCGAAAGACGCUGUGUGGGGAUGA